ACUGCUCAGGAAGAGGAUUUAGACAUCGUAUCUCUUUUAAUUUAGGCUCGUUAUAUUAUUUAUGUUGUCACCUAGCGGCCGCUUCAAGCUACUACACUAGCAAUUCUGUAUCCGGGUCAGCUGACAGUAAUGGCGGCCACCGUGAAGACAGCAACCGGCAUGAAUAUGUUGCAAUUUAUGAAACUUAUCGGACAGCUCAAAAGGAUCCCGCGCACCGGCUGGGUUUACAGGAACGUGAAGGAACCCGAGAGUGUGUCAGACCACAUGUACCGCAUGGCCAUAAUGUCUCUGACCAUAACUGACCCCACGGUGGACAAGGACAGAUGUAUAAAGCUGGCUCUGGUUCAUGACAUGGCAGAGUGCAUUGUGGGAGACAUCGCACCAUCAGACAACAUCAGUAAAGCAGAGAAACACAGGCGAGAAGAGGAAGCGAUGAGCCAUCUAAGGGGUCUCCUGCCAGAGGGACUCAAACAGGAGAUAUAUGGACUGUGGGAGGAGUAUGAGACCCAGAGCAGCCCAGAAGCCAGGUUGGUGAAACAGUUUGACCUCCUGGAGAUGGUCCUGCAGGCGCAUGAGUACGAGGAGCUGGAGGGGACACCGGGAAGACUCCAGGAGUUCUUUGACUCCACUGAUGGUCGUUUCCACCACCCAGACGUGCUCCAGCUCGUCAGCUCUUUGAAUGAAGAGAGAGGGUGUCACCUGACGAUUACGGAUAACAAAAAGAAUUCUGGGAACUCGCAGACGGCUGGUGCUGAAGCUUCACAGCCCUGUACGACUUCACAGGCCGCUUCCUGACUGACACAAACUCCUAUUCAGCGGAGGAACAGAGACACUGGACUGUAAAAUAAAAUUUGUGUACAAGGAUGCACAAACACGUCACAGGAUCAUGCAAGGUGACCAAGUGUGGGAAAACUGCAUCAGCUGUCCUCUGCAUCUCAUCUCUGAGGCAGUUGGUGCAGUAGAACUGAGGAUGGCGGCACAUGGAUGUUUUCUAUGUGUGUACGGCUUUUUUGGCCCAUUAUCUUUUACGUUUUACCUCAGUGUAUGCACGUACAGUAUAAAUAUGUAUACAAAAUACAUAUACAAAUACAACUACCGAUGCAAAAACUAGCUAAUACAAAAAUGCAAUUUGUUGACUGAUAUUUAAAGGCCAAUUGAAAUGGAUUGGGUAUGUAUAUUAGAUAUUCACACGUUGUUUUAAAUUGGUAAUAACUGCAUACUCAGGAAUCAGUGGAUGGAGGUUAUUUUGCAUUCAGCUGCACGUUAGAGAGCCUACUUCGACAUUCAGUUGCACGUUACAUAUUCCACAUUUUUUGUUUGGUUGUUUUAUCACAGUUUGAAUAGAUUCAGUCACAGUUUUCAGCGUUCAUCGUAAAAACAGUCAUCUGUGAAAUUUAGUUUGGUUUAUACGAUUUUUAAUAGCGAUACCUCAUCCGUGACAACACCAUACACAUUAAUAUACGUUAAACACAAUGUUAAGUCUGUGUGUCUUUGGUGUUGUGUUAUAAAGGGUUUUUAAAAAGGUUUUUAACUGAUGCUGAGGUCAAUUUGAUUUCAACCCAACACGAAACAUGAAUAUGAAAUAUAUACUCAAAUUCAUUUCAAGAACAUGAGUUCCCUCAGUUAUCUGGUAGAAGGACAGAGCUGACAGCCUUUUCCUGUGACAGGAGAUCCUGCAGUACUUGAUUUAUAGUGUGAAUCUUAAUAAAUACAUUUCACGGACAGACUUAUCUAAACAUAAAAUGGAGGCAUCUUGUCAAACCACAGCACAGAAAAUAUCAUGACAUGAAUGACUAUGAAUAUGAGAAAAAUGACACAAAAAACAUAUAUGCUGAAAACAAUGUUACUUUGAAGGCAGAUUCAUGCAGCGGCCGUCAUCUUAAAGGGUUAAAAAGAAAAUGUUUUCAAUUCUUUGUGGCACCAGUCUUCUCACAAACAAGCUGUAAAAAGUUCAUACUUUGUUCCAUCAUUAAGCAGGUUAGUUCUGCCAAAGGAAUUUAAAAAUCAGAUCUGUAAGUGACAGCACGUUUUGGAUUGGAUUUUAGGGUCACGUUGUGGUAAAAGACUGUAUGACAGAAAAGCUGCGGCUACAGUACGAUGCUGUUAUAUUAAUAUUAUGUAUUAUUUCUCAUUUCGCUAUUUUUCUCAUCUCAAAAUAGUCGUGAAGUUAUUAGGACAGAUGAUGUAGAUAAACAUUAAACCUCUGUGUCAUCUGGAUCUCUACAAACCUUUUACCUUCAGCACGUUUCAGGUAAACUGUACAGCUGUUGUGUUUUUAAACCUCCAGCGUCAGGCUUAAAGUUCUUAAGAUUAAUUUGAGUCUGUAUGAUUUCCUUUUUCUAAACAGUCAAGAGAAAAAUAAAAUAUUCUCCAUCAUUAUUUUUCCACGUGGAAAGUGCACUGCACGGGGCAAACCUA